AUGGAACUUGCCUCAGUUGAUGCUGAGGUCGGGGAAGCGCUGAAGGACCCACACCCUCCGGAUCCCGGAGGGGUGGGCCAGUCUGCAGCUCUCACAGGACAGCGGGUGGAGGAAGAGGGGUCCCAACCCUCCCACGAUCAACCUCAGUGUGGACCACACACUCAUGCUCGGGCCACCCGAUUUGAGAAUGGAGGGGGCGGGACCCAGCCAGGCAUAACGUUACGUGCGACGGGGAAGGGCAGUUGGGGGCGGGAUUUCGGCCUGGAGCGGGCAGGACGUAUGGGCGGGGGCGAAUGUGUGGAUGGAUCUAGUCCGGACCAAUAUGGGUCAUCCCCCACUUCUUCGUCGAGGGCUGCAGGUGCGCCCACUCCGUCGGAGCGCUUGCAGCGUUCAGCAAGCGUCGCUUCAUCUACCAGCGAUUCCGAUAAUGCACGGGGCAGGGCGGCAGAUGUGGUUCCGGAGGGGAGGUUGGACCACUCUUUGCACUCCCCCGCCCCGACUGGUACGGAUCCAGUUCUUGGAGAAACUCAGCGGGGGCGGCCGGUUCCGAAUGAGUAUUCUGCAGAAGUAAAGGUUCAGCCUCCUCCCACUAUGAGCGCUGAAGAGAUGUUUCGGGCUGUCACGACAGAGUUACGAGCCUCGCCGGAGGCGGAGCAACGUGAUUCCUGA